AUGAGUAAUUUUCAUGACAGAUUAAUAGCAGUUAAAAGGCUAAAGGCAAUGAGUGCGAAAGCAGAAAUGGAAUUUGCAAUUGAAGUGGAAAUACUUGGAAGGGUGAGACAUAAAAAUUUAUUAGGUCUUAGAGGAUUUUAUGCUGGUGAGGAUGAAAGGCUUAUUGUUUAUGAUUAUAUGCCUAAUCAUAGCUUAAUCACUCAUCUCCAUGGCACACUUUCUGCUGAUUGUCUUCUUGAUUGGCCACGAAGAAUGAAAAUUGCUAUUGGAUCUGCCGAUGGAUUAUGUUACUUGCACCAUGAAGCAAAUCCUCAUAUCAUACAUAGAGAUAUAAAGGCAAGCAAUGUCCUUUUAGAUUCAAAUUUCCAAGCAAAAGUGGCAGAUUUUGGAUUUGCUAAGUUGAUACCUGAUGGUGUUACACAUCUAACAACAAGGGUUAAAGGAACCCUAGGCUACUUAGCUCCCGAAUACGCUAUGUGGGGAAAAGUCUCUGAGAGUUGUGAUGUCUAUAGUUUUGGAAUAUUACUUCUUGAAAUCAUAAGCGCUCGAAAACCCUUAGAAAAACUUCCUAAUGGUGUCAAACGUGACAUUGUGCAAUGGGCUCUUCCAUAUAUACAAAAAGGUGAUUUUAAUCAUAUUGCUGACCCUAGGCUCAAAGGAAAGUUCAAUCGUGAACAAUUGAAGAACACAAUCUUGAUUGCCAUGAAAUGUACUGAUGGAAAUCCUGAAAAUAGACCAAGCAUGUUAGAAGUGGUGGAUUGGCUUAAGAAUAUUGUGGUGGAAAAGAGGAAAAAAGAUAUCAAAAUAGUGAAGAAUAUUAGUACUAGUACUAAUUAUGUUGAUGAAAAUGAGAACAAUGACUAUGUUGAUGAUGAUGAGACAAACAAUGAAGGUUAUAUUAUGACUAUGAGAAAAAACAAGCCAAGAUUACCAAUUUCAGAAUCGAAGAUGAGGAAAUAA